CGGGCGGCCGGGUGGCGGCGGCGGCAUGGCGGAGCCGAGCGGGGCCGAGACGAGGCCCCCCAUUCGGGUCACCGUCAAGACCCCCAAGGACAAGGAGGAAAUUGUGAUCUGCGAUCGAGCCUCGGUCAAGGAGUUCAAAGAGGAGAUCUCCCGGAGGUUCAAGGCCCAGCAGGAGCAGCUCGUCCUGAUCUUCGCGGGCAAGAUCCUCAAGGAUGGAGACACGCUGAACCAGCAUGGGAUCAAGGACGGGCUCACUGUCCAUCUGGUCAUCAAGACCCCUCAGAAGGCUCAAGAUCCAGGCACUGCCACUGCCUCUUCCCCCUGCACGCCUGACCCCGCCUCGGCGCCCUCCACCACACCUGCUUCACCUGCCACGCCCGCCCAGCCCUCCACCUCGGGCAGUGCCGCCUCGGAUGCUGGCAGUGGAAGCCGGAGAAGCAGUGGGGGGGGUCCCUCCCCAGGGGCUGGGGAGGGACCCCCCAGUGCUACUGCCUCCAUACUCUCUGGCUUUGGGGGCAUCCUGGGGCUGGGCAGCCUGGGCCUGGGCUCUGCCAACUUCAUGGAGCUGCAGCAGCAGAUGCAGAGACAGCUCAUGUCCAACCCUGAGAUGCUGUCCCAGAUCAUGGAGAACCCGCUGGUGCAGGAUAUGAUGUCCAACCCCGACCUGAUGCGUCACAUGAUCAUGGCCAACCCCCAGAUGCAGCAGCUGAUGGAGCGCAACCCCGAGAUCAGCCACAUGCUCAACAACCCCGAGCUCAUGAGGCAGACAAUGGAACUUGCUCGGAAUCCAGCCAUGAUGCAAGAGAUGAUGCGGAACCAGGACCGGGCCCUGAGCAACCUCGAGAGCAUCCCUGGAGGGUACAAUGCCCUCCGCCGCAUGUACACGGACAUCCAGGAGCCCAUGUUCAGUGCUGCCCGGGAACAGUUUGGCAACAACCCCUUCUCUUCCCUGGCCGGGAACUCCGACAGCUCGUCCUCCCAGCCUCUGCGGACUGAGAAUCGAGAGCCCCUCCCUAACCCCUGGAGCCCCUCGCCCCCCACCUCCCAGGCCCCCGGGUCCGGUGGGGAGGGCAGCGGAGGAUCGGGGACCAGCCAGGUGCACCCGACAGUCUCGAACCCCUUUGGGAUCAAUGCGGCUAGCCUGGGGUCAGGGAUGUUCAACAGCCCGGAGAUGCAGGCCCUGCUGCAGCAGAUCUCUGAGAACCCCCAGCUGAUGCACACGGUGAUCUCAGCCCCCUACAUGCGCAGUAUGAUGCAGACGCUGGCCCAGAACCCCGACUUUGCCGCCCAGAUGAUGGUGAACGUGCCGCUCUUCGCGGGGAACCCCCAGCUGCAGGAGCAGCUCCGCCUGCAGCUGCCUGUCUUCCUGCAGCAGAUGCAGAACCCGGAGUCGCUGUCCAUCCUCACCAACCCCCGCGCCAUGCAGGCCUUGCUGCAGAUCCAGCAGGGGCUGCAGACCUUGCAGACCGAGGCCCCCGGGCUGGUACCCAGCCUUGGCUCCUUCGGGAUGUCCCGGACGGCAGCACCUGCCGCGGGCAGCAACGCCGGGACAGCGCCUGGCCCUGCCUCCUCGCCAGCCCCGCCGGCCACGUCUUCUCCAACAGGGGCUUCCAGUGCCCAGCAGCAGCUCAUGCAGCAGAUGAUCCAGCUCUUGGCAGGAAGCGGAAACUCACAGGUGCAGACGCCGGAGGUGAGAUUUCAGCAGCAACUGGAGCAGCUCAACUCCAUGGGCUUCAUCAACCGGGAAGCCAACCUGCAGGCGCUGAUCGCCACCGGAGGGGACAUCAACGCGGCCAUCGAGAGGCUCCUGGGGUCCCAGCUCUCCUAAUCCCUCCGCCCUGCCUCCAUGCCGGCGUCCGGGUCCUCUGUCCGCCCCGCCCCCUGCAGCUUGUCCCCUCCUCUUCUCCCCUGUCCUCUGCAGAGGACUUCGGAGGCAGGGGCCCCAACCCCAUAGCUCUGUCUCCACCUCCAGCAGAGCCGUUGACAGCAUCUCCCAGUGGGGCCAAUCGGCCCUACCUCUUACCCCACACCACCUUCUGUGGCCUGCCACCUUCUCCGGAGGCGCGGAGGACCCGACCCCCUGGUGCACGGGAACAGUCUUCCAUCAGUCCCUCUGGGGUCUGCCUCGUCUCACGUUCCCUCGCUCUCUUCCUCUCCCCUCCGCCCCUCCUCUCCCAGCCAGUGCUAGAAUCUCCCUCUGAAGGUGAGGGCCGUGACUCCACCCCGUCCCGGUCACCUCCUCACCCGGCACUUUCUCGUGGGCUCCCUCCACUGGGCCUCCAGGGAGGCGAGGAGCAUGCGUGGUCUCCCUGUCUGAAGGGGGAGACCAGACGGAGCCCUCUGGCUGGGAGCUCCCAAGCCCUGCAGCGGCCUUUGGAGACUGUGUGGCGGAGCAGGGGAUGAGGGCUUUGGUUUUUGGAGGAAGGGAAUAGGGAGACCGCCUGUGGAGGGCUGCAAGCUGGAAUGCGCGUGGGGGAGGAGACGCAGUGAGAGCGGUGGCCAGGUCAGGCCUGCCCCUGGCAGGGAGGCAGAGGAGGUGCUGUUGGGGUUUGAAUGGAAAGUGGGGUUCCUGAAGCUCAACAGUGAGACCCAAAAGGGGUGGGGUGGGUUCCGUUUCCCCAAGCACAUUACACACACACACACACACACUUCCAGGAACCCAGCACCUGCCUCUGUGCCCACCCCACGCACAGUGACGGGGAUUACAGUCUCAGAGGGCUGCUUUGUUGGCUUCUGGUUCGGAGCUCAGUCCCACCAGAGAUAAGUGUGUGAGAGGGCCAGGCUACCUGCAGGAGCGCCAGGUCCCUUGGGCUCUGGGUGUUGGGAAACCCGAAGGUAGUGUAGGGGCCCCUCCUGGAGCUGUCGGGGCUGUGCCCAGCACCCUACCACGCCCACUGUUUGAGAGGCGAAGUGGAGGGGUACCCCCUCCCAAGCCACUGGCCUUUGGCAUCUAGGUCCCCGCCCUUUGAGUUCCGCACUGUUUCUCUCCAGGCCGGAAAGUUGUGUUUAAGGAAAGAGUGGGAAGGGUGGCGGUGAUGCCUUGGAUCUGGAAUUGGACAUUUCUCUACUGCGGCACAGCCGGGGCUCCUGCCACCGCCCGCUCGGCGCACCCCGUGGCUGAGAACGUGGAAGCGAGAGGGAACCAGACUCAGCUCCAAGUGGGAAAGGGGCAGCCCGGAGGAGACGUCUGCGGCCCGCCCGCCCUCCCUGCCUGCCCCCACACUGGACUUUGUAAAUAAAUGGUGUGGUCUUUGU